UCCUCAUAGUUAACAGUCACGGUAGGACUUGAUGCAGAGAGGAGUGGGGGAGAGAGAGGAGGCAUACUAAGGAAGGAGCAGACUCCCAUCAUUCUCACCCAGCAGGGCCUACUGGAUACCAGGGAAGCCACCUUUCUGCACCAAAAAGUUUAAUGGAAGGAACCUAAAAACGGAACACUUUGGCUCAGUGUGUCCAUCUCUGUGGGGUGCAUUUUUCUAAUGGGAGACACCACUUGCUCAAUUUGAACAAAACAAUCCAGAUAUGGCAGAAGAACUGAGGCGGUACUUAUACAAAAAGCUUCCAAGUGUGGAAGGACUUCAUGGCAUUGUUGUAUCAGACCGUGAUGGCGUACCAGUCAUAAAAGUUGCCAAUGAAAAUGCCCCUGAACAUGCCCUACGGCCUUCCUUCCUCUCUACGUUUGCACUGGCCACUGAUCAAGGAAGUAAGCUUGGACUGUCCAAAAACAAGAGUAUCAUCUGCUACUAUAACACAUACCAGGUGAUUCAAUUUAAUAGACUCCCACUUGUAGUCAGCUUCAUAGCAAGCAGUGAAGCGAAUACAGGGCUGAUCCUAAGCUUGGAAAAAGAACUUGGACCCUUGUUUGAAGAACUGCGUCAAGUUGUGGAGAUCUCUUGACCUGGAUAGAUCGAUUUAUUAUUAUUAUUGUUACCCAAAGCUUUCAUUGACUUUAAACAUGAAAACGUGAAUAUUUUAUUUACAAAGCAAGUUGUUAAAUAUGCAUUAAAUUUUGUACAU